AUGGAUUUUGAUGAUGAAUAUAUUGAUGACAUGGAAUACUAUGAUGUAGAACCAUGUGAUCUGAGAAGUAACUAUGAGCAAGUGGUCACAAUACAGACCUACAUCUACUCCUUCAUUUGUGCCCUUGGACUACUGGGCAAUGUUCUGGUCCUCAUCACAUAUGCUUUUUAUAAAAAAGCCAAGACCAUGACAGAUGUCUAUCUAGUAAAUGUGGCCUUGGCAGAUCUCCUCUUUAUUAUGGCCUUGCCCCUGAUCAUAUACAAUGAGCAACAUGUUUGGAGUAUGGGCACUUGGGCAUGUAAGCUGCUAAGAGGAAUCUACAGUCUCAACCUUUACAGUAGCAUGCUCCUUUUGGCCUGCAUCAGCGGAGACCGCUACAUCGCCAUUGUAAAAGCGAGGCAUUCCAUUGGAAUGCACUUUAAAACUCACAUAUACAGCAGACUCGUCUGCUCCGUAAUAUGGUUUCUUGCCAUUGGAUUAUCCAUGCCAACAUUCAUCUACUACGACCUGUAUGUGGAAAAUAGCACUGCGGAAGCUGAAUGCAGCUAUAGUUUUGCGACCAGUGGCACUGCACAGCUGAUGAAGAUCCUGGUGCCCAGCUUGCAGGUGGCUGUGGGCUUCUUCACACCACUCCUUGUGAUGAGCUUCUGUUACUGCAGCAUCAUACUGACUCUACUCAGAGCGCGGAACUAUGAGAGGCACAAAGCGGUACGUGUGGUCCUGGCAGUCGUCCUGGCGUUCAUCCUCUGCCACCUCCCAUAUAAUGCCGUGGUCCUUAUUCACACCAUCAAGCUGUUCAAAGAGAGGGGCUGUGAGUCAGAACAGCAGGUCCUGUUGGCUCUGUCUGUAACCAAGAACCUGGCCUAUCUCCACUGUUGCCUGAAUCCUAUCCUCUACGCCUUCAUCGGAGUGAAGUUUAGAAACCAUUUCUGUAAGAUUAUGGCAGAUAUUUGGUGCUUAAGGAAGAGAAACUUUAUCUCUGGGCGUUCCUCCCAGCAGACUUCAGAACUGUACCUUCCUGCUCACAAGUUCACUGGUGGAUCUGUUCAGGAAAAUCCAUCCUCAUUUUCAAUGUAA